CGGAAACGAGCCUAUGAAUCUUCUUACUCGAAACACGAUUCGAAGUUUCGAUGCUACGUGUGUCGAAGCAGUCGGGAACGCUCUUUCGUAAUUUGUUUUCUCCGCUAAAACGGUAAUUAUGGAGAUUGGGGCAGAGAUUAGCAAGAAAAUAAGGGCCGCUAUCAAGGGCAAGCUUCAAGAACUCGGUGCUUAUAUCGAUGAAGAGCUUCCUGACUAUAUUAUGGUGAUGGUGGCAAACAAGAAAACCUCUCAACAGAUGGCUGACGAUCUCUCCCUUUUCCUUGGAAACAACACUAUUAAGUUCACAGCCUGGCUACAUGGUGUCCUGGAGAAAUUAAGAUCUGUUACAGUUGAGCCUGCACCCACCAGACAUCAAAUCCAGUCCGACAGUGGUGCCGUCGCAGGAACAAGCCGCUCUUUUGAAGACAGCAGCACAGAGGAGCCAAAGGGCUUGACUGUGUCCAGCUCACGGUCCGACAGGAUGGAGAGCCGUGUGUCCAGUUCUGCCGCUGAAAGAAGAGGGUCCUUGGAGAAGAGUUCGUCUCGCUUGACAUCCACGGUUAAACCGCUAAUGGAGCCCCUCCCCUCAGAGGCCGUUAUCGACAUUAAACCUGAGUUGGACGAUGACCUCAUCGCAGAGGAACCCGUGGAGAUAGGUGGCAUUCGGAGCCGUUCUCGUGGCGCAGCCAGCAGACCCACAGCUGAGAUCUACAGACCCGUUCAUAGCAGGUUGACACUGACAAGCCCUGCAGACACGUGUCGGCCCUCUGAGGGAUCGUCUCACAAUAGAAGCAGCAGACCCACCAGAACUAGCUGCAGUAAGGAGGAGUUGUCACGUAAACGGAAGGCGCCGGUUGCAAGUUCAGUUGUGCGAGUGAACCGAGUGACCGACGAGGACAGCGACGACAUGGAGGAAGAGGAUGCAGGCUGCACAGGAAGAGGCGUGUCCAGCAGAGUGUCGCUGCCAUCCAAACCAGAACGCAAACCGACUCUGCCACCGGCCAAGCAAGCAAACAGGAACCUAAUAUUGAAAGCCAUCUCAGAAGCCCAGGACUCAAUCACCAAAACAACAGCCUACGCAUCAACUGUUCCCAUAUCACAGAGGCAGACAGUUCCUGUUGCACCUCGUACCCGCUUGGCCAGCCCUGAGGAGAUGACUGCAGCCAUCCAUCUGGUCCAGGAACACCUCCACAGCCUGGCCCCCAGGGUUCAGGCCAGCACCUCUGCAGAGAGCAUCUCCACCAGGACACUUGCAGAUUCUCCACCAGCUCCUGGUAGAUCUUUAGCUUCACGCCUUCAGUUGGAUGUAACAGAGAGCAGUGAUGAAAGAGAGCAGUGUGACUAUGUGGCAACAGGCAAUGAGACAAAGACAUACGAUACACGCUCCUUCAUAAUGAGCCAAACUAAAUUGGAACAACCUGCAGCCAGCCGCCAGCAGCAACUUCCAGGCAAGGAGGAGGUCCAGUCGUCUGUACCACGUACCGUCCAGGCUAGUAAGGAGAAAGGAGACAGCCCAAAGUUCAUUGUGACGCUAGAUGGGGUACCAAGCCCGCUUGGGAACCUCACGGACUCUGACAUGGAUGAGGUGAGACCACCAGCGAAGGUCACAGAUGCAACUAUCCACCUAAACCGGGACUCCAAAGUCAGUGUUCUUCACAGGCUGCAGGGAGGCAUCACUUCAUUUGAAGAGGAAGGGAUGGACUUUGAGAUGGUGGAAGACGACUGUGUUCCUUUGAAGAAACAUAAGUCCAUGGAGCGAUGCAAGUUCUGGCCUGUGUGUAAAAGCGGUGAUGAAUGUAUGUACCAUCAUCCCACAACGCAGUGCAAGACUUUUCCUAACUGCAAAUUUGGGGACAAAUGUCUUUUUGUCCAUCCGAACUGUAAAUACGACGCCAGGUGCACCAAGCCAGAUUGUCCGUUCACUCAUGUCAGCCGCAGAGGCAUGGUUGCUCCUCCCCCCAGGCCAGCAGUGCCGGUAGCACAGACCACCAGUGCAUGUCGUUUCUUUCCCGACUGCAAGAAGACGGACUGUCCCUUUUAUCACCCCAAGCCUUGUCGCUUCGCGGCUCAGUGUAAAAGAGCUGGAUGUACCUUCUACCACCCGACUCAGUCUGUACCACCACGACAUGCCCUGAAGUGGACAAAAGCUCAAAGCAGAUAGUAAAGUCCAAGAGGAACGACCGUGUGCAGACGACAUCUGGAGCUGUGGAAGAUUUUCUUUUACUGUCUUUUGUUUCUGAUAGUUAAAUUUCAAUGUUGUUUGUUUUUUGGCUGUAUUGUGCUACUUUGACUGAUUUUAAAGGAAAAAAAAAAAAGUUUUGUAAGUCAACCCGUGAAUCAUGGAGACUAUUAAAAUAUUCCACAUUUUA